CUGGGUGGAUGGAAGAUGGAAGUAGGAGUCCCACAAGAAAGCGUCCUUGGACCACUCUUCUUUCUCAUCUACAUCAGUGAUCUACCGAAUGCAUCACAGCUACUCAAACCCAUAUUAUUUGCAGAUGACACUACAUAUGUCUUUUCCCACCCAAACACAGUCAUACUAGCAAACACAGUCAAUGCUAAAUUGCAGAAAAUAUCUGCCUGGAUGAUGACUAACAAACUUACCCUCAACACUGAUAAAACCUGUUUCAUUCAGUUUGGAAACAAAGCUGUAAAUGAUCCAAUUAACAUAACGCUAAAUGGAUCAUCAGUCACAAGACUCACAGAGGGAAAAUUCCUAGGUAUCCACCAUGACAGUAGCCUUAAGUUCCAGAGACACAUACAACAAAUCACCAAGAAAAUCUCCAAGACUGUAGGCAUACUAUCAAAGAUAAGGCAACCAGAACCACAAAUCCUUGAUUAUCAGACCCAGCAGUAUAAGUUAUUACCUCAGAUUGCUACCAUAUUUGGAAUACAUUUUUCAACCAAGGAUGUUUGGGAUACAUACAAUGAAGUUACAGGAAACAUUCAUGAAGGUAACCUGGAUCUUUUGCCUGAGUUGCAUGCCUUAUCAUGUGGCCUCAAAGCUCUGAGCUCCAGUGAUGCAGCCUCAGGAAUAGAAAUUUGCCGCCUCGCUUGUGGAGGACAUGGUUACCUAUCAUCGUCAAAUUUGCCCCGAAUCUACACUACCACCACGGCUGCUAUUACAUAUGAAGGAGAAAACACAGUCAUGUGGUUACAAGUGGCUCGGUAUCUCAUUAAAUCUUACCGCGAAGCCCGUCAAGGUCAACGUUUACAACAUUCAGUUUCCUACCUCACUGCACAACCUGCAUCUGCCUAUACCACCUCUGAACUUUCUAAUGCAGAUUUGGUGGAGGCCUUCAAAAAAGCAGUGUCAUCCAUGAUAUCAGAAACAGCUGCCAGACUCCAGCAGUAUUGUGACAUGGGAAAACCUUUUGAACAUGCCUGGAAUAGUUGCUCUGUGCUCUUGGUUAAAUGUGCUCAGGCUCAUAUUCGAUACUUUACAUGUGUAAAGUACGUAGCUGGUAUUGAGAAUGCAGAACUGAGUGAAGGAGGGCGCAAUGUGUUGCGUCGCUUGUGUCGCCUCUACCUCAUCUAUCACAUCACUCUGAAUCAAGGAGAUUUUCUUAGGAGUGGAUCCCUGACCAGCCACCAUAUCAGUACCUUGGAAGGGGAGAUGUGCAAUCUGUUGGCUGCCUUACGACAUGAUGCUGUCUCACUUGUUGAUUCCUUUGACAUCCAUGAUCGCAUUUUGGACUCAACUCUUGGAUGCUGGGAUGGAAAUGUGUAUCAAAGAAUGUUUGAUGAAGCCCAGAAGAGUCCUUUGAACCAGACAGAUGUUCCUGAAGCUUACUACAAGUACUUGAGGCCACUCAUGAAAGCAAACCUUUAGAAUUGCCUAAACACAUACUCUAUGAUUUUUUUUCAGAGUAAUUAAAGAAAAUAGUAGUAUUAUUAUAGGUAGUAGGUUGGUAGACAGCAACCGACCAGGGAGGAACUACCGUCCUGCCAAGUGAGUGUAAAACGAAAGCCUGUAAUUGUUUUACUUUAGGGUAGGAUUGCUGGUGUCCCCUUUUUUUUGUCUCAUGAACAUGCAAGAUUUCAGGUACGUCUUGCUACUUCUACUUACACUUAGGUCACACUACACAUACAUGUACAAGCACAUAUAUACACACCCCUCUGGGUUUUCUUCUAUUUUCUUUCUAGUUCUUAUUCUUGUUUAUUUCCUCUUAUCUCCAUGGGGAAGUGGAACAGAAUUCUUCCUCCGUAAGCCAUGCGUGUUGUAAGAGGCGACUAAAAUGCCGGGAGCAAGGGGCUAGUAACCUCUUCUCCUGUAUAUAUUACUAAAUGUAAAAGGAGAAACUUUCGUUUUUCCUUUUGGGCCACCCUGCCUCGGUGGGAUACGGCCGGUGUGUUGAAAGAAGAAAGAAGUAGUAUUAUUAUAAUAGUAUGCAGGUAAUUUUAUGUAUGUUUUGGUAGUAAGUAGUAAUAUAUGUAUAAGCAUGAUAGCACUGAUGCUGUAAGCUGUUUUAUUUGUUAUUAAUACGUAUUACAUGCAAUGUGCAUUCAAGUUACUUGUUCUUGUUACUCGUUUUUUUUUCAUUUAGGGGUGACAUUUUCUAAAAAGAUAUUGAAGUGAAAGGUCAUUUCUUUGCUUUUAGGCAAAAGUUCAUCUGAUUAAGGUACAGGAAUACUUCAUUGUAAAAAAGGUUAUGACCGUGUUAUACAUACAUACAUACAUACAUACACCAUUUUUAUUAAAUUUAAAAAAAUAUUCCUUGAGGUGAAACUGGUGAACUAAACCUCAUUUAUAAAAUAAAGUUUCAGUUAUAAUGUAAUAAUGAAAAUUAAAUUUUAAAAAUGUUAAUCUUUCAAGAUGUAAAGUAAAUUUUGUCUUAAUUAGUACUAAUCCUGUUUAAACCAAAUUGUUUACUUUGUAUGUGGUGUUUUUUGCAUGGUUUCAUCACUAAGAGUUGCAACAGAGUAAGACUAAUAGUUAUCUAAUAACAAAUCUUUUAGGAGUAGAACUACUUGUUUUUCUUUAUAGGUCUGUAGUCUGUAUACAUUGAUACUACUAUAUUACUUUUUUAUAAAUAGUUUGUUGUGUUUUGGUAAAGAUUUAUGCUAUAUUAAUGUAAACCUCUGAAAAAAACAGUGCUUAAAUUAUUUUUAUACAAAUAUUGCACUGAGUAAACUAUCAAAAAUGAACAGCAAGCAGAAGGGAGUUCCCACUAAGGCCAUCAGAUUAAUUCUGAUGAGGACACUUGAGCACAACAGAAAGAUCUAGAUAGGUUGAUGCAGUAAUUGGAGAAGUGGCAGGUGCAGUUUAAUGUCGACAAAUCUAAGGUUCUAAGCCCUGGGAAGAGAGAAUUACCAUGGCACUUAUAAAUUGAAUAAUGUAGAUCUCACUCACUCUGUUAAAAAAAAAAAAGAUUAAGGAGUUCUGGUUAGAAGUUAAUUCAAGCCAAGAGAAUAGUGCAUAAGUGUUCAUAGUAAAGCUAAUAGAAUUCUUGGCUUCAUAUCAAGAAGUACAAAUAAUAGGAGUCCUCAGAUCAUACUUUGAAUUUAUAUAUUCGUACGUAGUUAGGUGCCAUUUAGAUUAUGCUAUGCAGUUUUACUCACUGUAUUACAGAAUGGACAUAAAUGCACUGGAAAACAUACAGAGAAAGGUGACAAAAUUGAUAUCAUGUAUCAGAAAUCUUUCCUACGAGGACAGACUGAGGGCACUGAAUCUGCACUCUGGAAAGGCAUAGAAUUAGGGAUGAUAUGAUUGAGGUGCAUAAAUGGAAGACAGGAAUAAAUAAAGGGGAUAUAAAUAAUAUGGUAAAAAUAUUUACUCAAGACAGGAUUCACAUCAGUGGAUUCAAGUUUGAAAAAAUUAGAAUUAGAAAAGAUACAGGAAAGCAGUGGUUUGGUAAUCGAGUUGUGGAUAGAUGGAACAAACUGCUGAGUAGCGUCAUUGAAGUGAAAAACCUUGUGUAGCUUUAAAAAUAGGUUACACAAGUAAAUUAGUGAGUGUGAGUUGAGCUUGCCUAGAAUGAGCCAGUAGGCCUGCUGCAGUGCUCCUCCUCUUUUAUGUUCUUGUGUAUCAGAGGUGAACAAAAGACAAGAGGGAGUUUUCACCAAGGUAUCUAUCUGAGCUGAGCAAAAGACAGGAGGGAGUUUCCAUUAAAGUAUCAUAAGUGAACAGUAGACCAUGGGGAGUUUCCACAAAGGCAUCAGAGGUAGCCAACAGGAGGGAAUUUCCACUAAGGUAUUGGAGGUGAACAGCAGACAGGAGGGAGUUUCCACUAAGGUAUCAGAAGUGAACAGCAGACAGGAGGGA